AUGCGUCAUAUGAAGUCUAACCAGACUAGAGUUCUCUUAAAUAUAUCGAUAAAGGAACACUUGCUGUAGUUUAGCUAGCUGUGGCAAACAAGACACAAGUUUUUGAAGAUGUUCCUGGUCUGUAAGUGUGGCCUUAAUUCUCAUGUCCUUACCUUGGACAUCGGCGGAUAUAACAACGGAACUCAGCCACCCACCUAAUCCAGGGGAGGGCAACGGAAGCGCGACGUUGCAAACGGAACUACAACGUGUUCAUUCGGAGUUACAAGAUCUACAGUCUAAAUAUGAUGUACAGCAGCAGGAGAAUAGUCAACUCCAUAGCAGUGUCAAUCAACUCUUGACCAAUCUUAAUCAACUUCAAACCACCGCGAUUCAACUCCAGUCAAAUGUAGCUCAACUGCAGGCUGUUGUUGUCUCUCAAAAUGCUACCAUUUCUGCUCUAGACAAUCAGUCGCCGUCUUCGCUGCAUAACAGAUUAAGCGCCUUGGAGUCGAGCCAUAACGCCAGUGUCCGAAACCUUCAGUCUUCUUUUGACAGCAUCCAGGACCACGUGGCCGCCUUAGACGAUGUCAGUGUUGAACUGAAGACGACUUUAUCGCAAUCUCAAGAUAUUCAACACAAAGAAAUGGCUAUCCAGGGAAAUGUCACCGAUUUCUUGUGUGAGCAUUUCACGCACUCCAACGUCUCUGUUACCGGCAACGUGACAGCAGGCACGGCUGUGAUCAGAGGUCGGGACUGGACGUAUGGCGAUCAGGACGGGCAUGAUCACGUGAGGGGCGUUGUCGUAAACAAAACCACACCAGCUGGACUGGUGUAUGUGCUCUGGGACAACGGAUUGCAAAACAUAUACCGGGUAGGAUACGCCGGCGGCUAUGACCUCUACUACUAUUACCCUGAUGUCCUCAACAAGUUCAGACAUGUCCUGUGCCCUAACUGAUGCAAAAAUCCGAAACCUCUCUACUGUGUAGUCUUUUACAGGAACGACCUUUGUCGACUUUAAUCGUAUAUAAUCUCAAGUUAAGCGUACAUGUAAUCUAAAAUUGAAAUGACGUCAUAUCGGUGUGAUUUUAAACUUGUGAUCAUCCCCAGGUGGACGUAUAAUGACAUGAAAGGAAUUCGUUUUGAUAUGAUUUCUACAUUAUAUAGCAUCCGUUGGACAUAUUAUUAGGGUAGCAUGGCGUCAGGUUUGUGAUAUUAACAUUGCAUGACAUCAUUUCUUUUGACAUUGUUUGACAUCCGCAUGACAUCAUCCUUUUGACGUUGUUUGACAUCCGCAUGGCAUCAUCAUGUUGACAUCAGCAGUGGCAUGAUAUCAGCCUUGUGAUAUGACAUCAGCAUGGCAUGAUAUCAGCCUUGUGACAUGACAUCAGCAUGGCAUCAUCAUGUUGACAUCGGCGUGGCAUGAUAUCAGCCUUGUGAUAUGACAUCAGCAUGGCAUGAUAUCAGCCUUGUGACAUGAGAUCAAUAUGAUUGAUAUUAGUCAUGUGAUAUGACAUCGUGGAGACAUGACUACAGUUUGAUAUGACCCGAGAUAUGUACGUAACCUCGUUGACUUUCGCGUGUGAUGUACAGAGACCAAAUAAAAUCAUUUCGAUGUUUUUUUAUCAAUUAAUUUCUCUUUUUUUCCACAUACUAUUGCAGCUGUAUAUACUUUAUAAUAAAGCACUAUUUGAGAUAUCAUUA